AUGGAACUUCAACCCUCCCNAUCUAAGCAACCAAGACAUGAACCUAGCUGUCAGAUAGUUUCCGUUUUGGAACUUUCUCGUGAAUCAGUGGCUGUGAAGGCUUAUGCUUCAGGUGGUGAUGAGGAAAACUCUUCAAGUAUCAACCCUGAUGCUGACAACGAACUUGAUAGUCACAAUGUGGCUGAAGCUCUUUUUUCUUCUGGGAAAGAAACUGAUAUGUGCAUUUAUGGCUCUGCUUCUAACUCUUCCUGGCCCACCAGUUGCACCAGUGAGGAAGACAUCAGGCCUGAGGCGCCUUUUCACAUAUUGAUGUCUCCUGAAUAUUACUAUUUUGAUCAUCCGUUCAGGGGCGCUGCUCAUCACGGGGAGAUGUAUUCUUCUCUAUUGAGUGAUCCUCCUCAAAAGAUGGUCCCUAUUGGACCUGAUUUUCAAGCAGAAUUACCCGAAUGGGGUGCAUUUGUUAAUCAGGAUAAACCGUACAUGGAGGGCAUGCGCGAAACUAUGUGUCCUUCAUCGCAAGCUGAUGAAAAUAAACUUGCUGGUACGAGUAUCAUUCCAAUGCCUGCAAUGGAGCUAUGUGCAGAUAAUGGGGAGAAUAUUGUGGAGAGAGGAGGCGAAUGUUCAUGUGAAGAUAUAGGUUCCAUAAGAUGUGUUCGGCUGCACAUCAUGGAAGCAAGGGAAAAACUAAAGCUAGCCCUUGGCGAGGAGACAUUUUUUAGGUUGGGUUUUUGUGACAUGGGAGAGGUAGUGGCAGAAAAAUGGAGUGAAGAGGAAGAGGAAUUAUUUCAUGAGGUUGUAUUGUCGAAUCCUGCAUCUGUAGGCAAGAAUUUCUGGAACCAUCUUGCUAUUGAGUUUCCUUCACGAAGCAGAGAGGAACUUGUUAGCUAUUAUUUUAAUGCUUUUAUUUUGCGAAAACGUGCUGAGCAGAACAGAUUAGAUCCGCUGCACAUAGACAGUGAUAACGAUGAGUGGCUGGAGAUUGUUGGUGAUGCUGCUCAGGAAGCUAAUAUGACGGAUGAAGAUGAGGAGUCUGUGGUUGAAUCCCCAGCAUAUCAUAAUGAUCUCAUUGGCAAUGGGAUCCAUGAGGAGCUCGAUAAACAUGAUGAGGAUGGUGGUGAUGCCACCUGGGAAGAUUAUAAGGCUUUAAAUUUUGGUAGCAGGAAGGUCUUCACUGAUGUGCCGGAAUCGUGUCCCGGUGAGCUGUUUGAUAGUAACAGCAGUUAUAAACUUAGUUUGCAGCCUCAAGACCAAGGCCUAUCAAAUAAAGUGGUUAAGCAAGAAGUCCAAGAUGGCUCCUGUACCACUGUUGCAGCCGGGGUUACUUCAGAAUCAUCACUAGGGCAGACCAACAAUGGUAAACGUUGGGCAAAUGAUAUUACUGGUAUGGGCAGUGGCAUUGAGCAUGAUCGUGUGUUGGGGCCAUGUGGUGGCAAAGAAUGGGAUGUUGGGUACUUGAGCUGUGCCAGAAAUGAAGUUGAUUUGUUACCAACCCGCACUAUGAUUGAAGAAGUCUUUGGGGAUGGAGCCUGGAUAUACAAGAGUCGAGAUGGUUAAGGGUUAAGCUAUGUUUUGACAUUUACAUUCAUGCUGUAGACAGGCUGGUUUUGUGUGGUUGAAUCAAUCUGGUGAUGCUUCAUUUGCAGGUUCCAGUUUUCCUUGUAUAUUCAUAAUAAUGCUGGUGGAAGAUAGUUUUUACUCUUUGCAAGAAAUGACAUUGCAAGGGUGUUACAGGAGCUGAUGGAUGCUUAGCUUUUGGAACUGUACAGUAGCCAUUAUUUGCUUUACUUAACUCCAGUUUCCUGGGAAGCUGUUUUGACUGACCGCAGGUUCUUAGAAUUUAUUUGUAAAGUUAAACUAUGGCCAAUUGAGCCAUAUUUCCAAAAAAAAGGGAUGAAGAUCCUUGUAAAAAUUCUGACAUACGUAAGUUUAGUUGUUUUGUACAGUCGCUGAUUUCCUCUCUUUUUAUGUUCCCUUGUCAGCCUUUGUCUAUUUCUCAGCUCUAUAAAGGGAAGACCUUUGAUAUGGGUUAUAAGAAAUUACCAACUUUAAACAUA